AUGUUAAGAGACCUAAAAUUUGUGACCAAGCCAGUCAACGAUGCGCCCCAUGGCCAAAAGAGAAAGACAAUGCAGACAUGUUCAUCUGAAGCACGGUUACGGUUGGCCUGUAAUCGUUGCCACGCACAAAAAUUGAGAUGCCUACGCUCCGAAGGCACCGAGCCAGGGAAUAAAUGCGACCGCUGUCGACGUGCAUCUGUCCUGUGUGUCUAUAGCCCUCCAAAUCGUAUAGGCCGACCUGCAAGAACUGGAAAAACACCCACAACCUCGUCUGCCGAUUCUUUAAAAUCAGAUGGCCAGAGUAGUUUGCGGAACGCGCCUCAACAGCAUUCCCCAAAAUCUCCAUCUCCAGGUCCUCAGCCACGGUUCCCUCCCAGGCAGGGGUCUUCAAUUGACUCUAUGACUGAAGAUUCAGGGAUGUUUGAUUUUCACUGGGAUGGAUCUGAUAUUAAAGUUGAUAUGGUAUCUUAUUACAACAACGAUAUGCCAUCUCUAGAGAGUUCCAUCGCUCUAUUUACUGAGAAUACAUCUAUUCUGGAAGAAAUAUCUCAAAAUACAUAUAUGUCGGAGGAAAUAUCUGGAAUACCGUCACCUACUGAUAGGUCCUGUGGUGCUCCAGGGAAUCAACUUUUUGCCAUGGAGAAAUCUCGCGAUAGUUAUGUUCGAGAACUUACAACUUUAGGGCUAACUCAAUAUGACCAGCUCCGCCAUCUAGAGCGAAUGAGAAAUUGUGCUGGUGAUAAUAGAAAGGCAUUAUUUACUCGGCUGCACGGUUAUCCGAUACAUGAUAUGCUGGAGCAGGUUCAAAAGCUCACCGAGAUAAUAAGGCAGCUAAUGCCAGUGCCAGAAUAUGGAAGCGGGUUGUUUGGUGUGUCUCCGGAUGCUGUCAGUGAACCUAUCCCGGAGCUGGACUCUUCUCUAUUCACCAACAACACAAUGGCGAAUGAAUUUUCUGACAUAUUGGUACAACCAUUUUCGGAUACCUCCUGUUUAAGCUCCGGUGGUAGCAGCAGCCGGUUAUCACCUAUAACACCGAGCAAGCCGGCCCCCAUAGACACUUCAACGAUCCUCCUAUUUGUUUCGUGUUACCUCCGACUAGCCCAGUCAUUUGCCUUGUUCUUUACGGACCUUCAUGCCUUUCUUGUUUUUCCAAGUGUUAUUGAUCCCAUACCUUCAGAUAUGACCCGGUUAUUUCCUGGCCUCAAGCUUGGCUCAUUUCAGUCAUAUGUAGGAGUGGGUCUUGAGAUAUCCAUUGUCGUUCAAGUCAGUGAACGUAUGCUGCACCGCCUACAUAGCUCACUUGGCCUAUCCUGGGGGCAAUGCGACUCUGAAAACUCUUUCAGCCAUCACUUCCCGACGGGCACCUGGAACAAUGCGGAGGCUAUUACCCCAGUUAUGAUCAGAGCAAUUCAGGCGCAGGAGAGGAUAGAGGCCCGGGACGAGAGAGGAGACACAUUCACACGACUAUUACUGAUAAUAGAGGGCGUCAAAAAGUUGAUGAAGUCGCAGCCGCUUCUAUAA